AUGGAAGCAUUUCUGCGGCGCCACCUAGGAAAACUGAAUGUUAUCACUGAAGAACCAAAUACGCUUGCUUAUACUUCGGCAUUUCUCGCUCCCUCGACUAGCUGCAGAGUGCAUGUGAAUUUGACACGCGCAUCGAUCGAUGCUCAGUAUUUGCACAAUAUAUCUCUCAAGGUUGGGCGCGUACUGCGAUCUAAAACAUUCUACUCGGCGAAGGACAUCCCUUGCUUCCGUAACCAGACUCAUCUCACUGAUAGUGAGCUCCUGAGGCUCUACAACGACGUCCGUAAGGCUGGAAAGUGGAAAUUAGAGAAUCUCGAAUGGACUUACGUGCCCACUCUUGGAUAUCAGAACGGAAAUGGGCCCUCAGACAAAUCACAGUCUGACAAAGUGGCGGCAUGGAUCUCAUCGUUGCGCUUUUCUAUCAGCCCAAAGUAUAGGCUACAGGCCACCUUCUGCACCAAACAUGUUGCUCGGAGUUACUCGUUGUUAUUUCGGAUCCAUAUUACUGGCGUCUACGUCGAGAUGGUAGAUUUUGAGGCGCCACUGCAGGUUGUCUUCCCGCCUACGGAGAUGCUGGAUUCUCACUCUUUCGCCCAUGAAGCCAAUUAA